GCUCGGACAUGGCCUCGCGAUGUUGUUAUCUUGCGCUGAAUCAUUUGGAAUGAGCGACAAGAGGUCGAGCGGCGAGGCGGUUUUUGGUUAUCGCGCAGUGUCGCUUUUGGUUAUGUCGGUCUUGUCCGAAGGGGGACGGCUCGCGACAUUUAUAAAGGCUGUGGUGGUAGCGUCGUGGUGGAUUCCAAAUCACUUGUUCACUCGCGCACUUGUCGUCGCCGACACUACAGCCUGCACUGCUGCAGCGUGCAGCGCUGCAGCAGCCGACGCACGAUGCCUCGAAGACAGGUCGGUGCCGUUGUCGUGCCGAGAAGACAGCUACGCUCGUUCGCUUCAAUCUGCCCCUACAGUGUCCACUGCAGCAGCAGCAUGGUCACCGAGCCAUGUCCCCCAGACUGACUCACCCAUGCUCACGCUCACCCGCUCACGUCACGUUAUCCAGCCAGCAGCUCGGAUGGUUUUGUGCGCUGUGAUGGAUGCAGCCGGCGACCGAGGUUUUGACUCGACCAACCCGUCCCGAGUCCCGGCGCGCAGCCCAGCCCAGCCGGCAACAUUCGCGGCCGUGCAAGCCGACCGAUGAUGCAGCGGUCCGUCCACUGUGUGAUUUUUUGUGAUUCCACGCUCGUUCGAGCUCCUUCGUUACGACUUAACAACCACACAGCGACAUGCACCAAUGUCCCACACCGCCAUGUCCUCAACAGCCACGACGACCGCAAUCGAGCUAGGCGAGAUGGAGGGCUCGCGCUCGCCGUACGCCAUGGCGCCUGCCGGGGCGGACACGCCGCUCGAGCCGUCCGCCGCGCCGUCGUUACACGGCAGCGACAGCGCCCCAGGCGACCGCGAGCUCGCGGCCUUGGCGCCAGCCGACAAGGGCGCCCAGGCAUGGCUCUUCCUCUUCGGCGCGACGGUCAUCGAGACGACGGUCUGGGGGCUGCUCAACGCCGUCGGCGUGCUGCAAAACUACUGGAUGACUGAGCGGUUCCGGGGGCACGACUCGACGGUGACGCUCGCUGCGUCGCUGAUGAACGGUCUAUCGUUCAUGAGCGUCGGCGUGUUCGGGCCCCUGUUCGCCGCGUUCCCGCGGCACACGAAGAUGAUCCAGACUGCCGGACUGAUCGUGUCGAGCAUCGGGCUGAUCAGCUCGGCGUUUGUCAACAGCCCCACGCAGCUCAUCGGCACCCUCGGCAUCCUGUACCCCUGCGCCGCGGCGCUGUACCUCCCUGCUGCGACGCUCGUGUACGAGUGGUUCCAUGUCCGCCGAGGGCUGGCGAGCGGCAUCAUGUUCGCGGGCACCGGCGUCGGCGGCACCGUCUUCCCGUUCAUCCUCGACGGCCUGCUCAACAAGUUCGGAUACAAAGCCGCAAUGGUCUCCCUCGGCCUGGGCUUCUUCGCCAUCAACGCCGCCUGCCUCGUCUUCAUCCGCCGCCGUAUCCCCCUCGCGCCAGAGAUGGGCCGCAGGCCGAGCCUCAACUACCGCAUCUUCACGACCUGGGCGUUCUGGUGCGGAUUCAUCGUGCUCCUCCUCACCUCCAUGGGCAACUUCAACCCGACGCUGUGGAUCCCAGCGUUCGCGGACAACGUCGGCGUCCACAAGCCCAACGGCGUUGCCAUCGUCUCGAUCAUGAACGCCGCUUCAGUGUUCGGCAACGCGCUCAUCGGCUACCUCUCCGACCACGUCCGCACCAAGAUCAUGUGCGUGGCAGUGUGCACCAUCGGCGCGGUCGCCGUGCUGGUCGCCUGGGGCUUCGGCACGAGCGCGGCCCCGCUCGUCCUCUUCGCCAUCGUGUGGGGCAUGAGCGCGCUGUGCUUCGUCAGCCUGUGGAGCAAGAUCAUCACCCGGAUAUGCAAGGACGACCCCAUGCUCCCCAUGCUUGUGUUCUCCGUGUUUGCCGUGCUCCGCGGCGUCGGCAACGUCACCAGCGGGCCCAUCUCCACCCGCCUGCUUGAGACCAGCGCGUUCAAGGGGGCCGCGGGCGCGUUCGGGUCAACGAACUUUGGCGCGGUACUCAUCUACACGGCCGCGACGACCUUCCUCGGCGGCGCUGUCGGCGCAUUUUUCCCGGCCUGACGAGGCAGGCACAGCCUCGUCGCGACGACGGCGCGCCGCUCCUCCCAACAUAGACUAGAUUUCAAAGGAGCGGGCAACAGACAAUGCAUA